GUAGGGAAGGAGAAACCGAGAGAACCGGUUUCCCCGCCUUGGCAGACGCAGUCCUGCCGCCCUGACCCUGGGACUAAGCCGGGCAGGGGAAUCUCUGAGGUUGCGUCCUCAGACUCCUGGCGGGAGGGGGCGCUGCGGGACGGUCCGCGGACUCCCUGCGAACUGGAGGAGGCGGGAUCCGGCCGGUGGCCGGAGCUGCAGGAAAUGGGCAGUUCUUUCCAUUUUACAGACGGGGACACUGAGGCCCAGUCAGUUUUUAGGCAACGGUGGUGUGGAUCACCCCAACUCUUUGAGCCAAAGCCUCCCUGGCAGUACAGCUGGAGCAGUAUUACCCCCAACCUUCCGGCCACGGGACAGAAGCGAGGCUCCACUCCCAUAAGCAACGCCACGGAAUGAGGGGGUGGUUGUUAGUCCAUCAUGGAGUGUAAGAACGGGAGCCUUAGAGAUUUUCUUGUUCGAGCCCCCCAAUUUAAAAAAAAAAUUUUUUUUUUUAUUUUUUAAACUGAGCCCCGGGCACACAGGUUAAGUCCAGGAUCUGCAUUCGAACCCAAGCCUCCUCCCACCCUCUGCGGUGCUCUUCCCUGCUCCGCAGCCUUGACCUCCAUGUCCUCCCCUACCCCGCCCCACCUUGUUGCCCGCAGGGAAGCGCCGAGGCCGCGAUGGCGGCGGACGUCGAGGGGGACGUGUACGUGUUGGUGGAGCACCCCUUUGAGUACACAGCCAAGGAUGGGCGCCGCGUCGCCAUCCAGCCCAACGAGCGCUACCAGCUGCUGCACCGCAGUACGGAGCACUGGUGGCACGUGCGGCGCGAGCCCGGCGGCCGCCCCUUCUACCUGCCCGCGCAGUACGUGCGUGAGCUACCCGCGCUCGACGGCCCCGCGGCUCCUCCGCCACUGCCAACGCCCCGCCCGGGCCAGACAGCCCCAGAGCCGCUCGCCUACAACUACCGGUUCGUGAGCGCGCCGACGCCUUCAGGCCCCGACGGCGCCCCCGCCGAGCCACCGCGCCGCGCGGGCUCCCUGUGCGGCCCAGCGCGGCGCGGCGCCUUGGCCCAGCGCAACAGCCUGGCGCCGGGCCUGCCUGCCUGCCUGUACUUGCGGCCCGCUGCGCCGGUGCGGCCCGCGCAGUCCCUGGACGACCUGGCGCGCGCCGCUGUGCCCCCUGCCGGCCUCCUCGGGAGCGCCGGCAGCUUCAAGGCCUGCAGCGUGGCGGGCUCCUGGGUGUGCCCGCGGCCCCUGGCGCGCAGUGGCUCAGAGAACAUCAGCAAGGCCAUCCAGGACGUGCGUGGCUCGCCGCGGGAGGAGCGCCCGGACCAGGUGGACGAGCCCUCGGAACCUGUGUACGCGAACAUAAAGCAGCAGCCUCGGGCCACCUCCCCCGGCGCCACUGCGGCCCCGCGCCCCAGCUCGGUGUGGGAGACCCUCACAGACGCGGGCACCGGACGCCCCUACUACUACAACCCAGACACGGGUGUGACGACCUGGGAGUCGCCCUUCGAGGCUGCUGAGGGCGCCGCUAGCCCGGCCACCUCCCCGACCUCGGUGGGCAGCCGCGAGAGCCUUGAGGCCGAGUGGGGCCAGUACUGGGAUGAGGAGAGCCGUAGGGUGUUCUUCUACAACCCGGUGACGGGCGAGACGGUCUGGGAGGACGAGCCUGAGGACGACGAGCUGGAGGGCGAGAUGGAGAUGCAGCCGGGCCUGAGCCCCCGCAGCCCCCACGACCAGAGGCCUCCCACCCCCGAGACUGACUACCCAGAACUGCUGACCAGUUACCCGGAGGAAGACUAUUCCCCGGUGGGCUCCUUCAGUGAGCCUGGCCCCGCCUCUCCCUUGACCACUCCCCCCGGCUGGUCUUGUCACGUCGGCCCGGACCAGCAGACGCUGUACACCAACCACUUCACCCAAGAGCAGUGGGUGAGGUUGGAGGACCAGCAUGGGAAGCCAUACUUCUACAACCCAGAUGACUCCUCUGUUCAGUGGGAGCUGCCCCAGGUCCCCGUCCCUGCCCCUCGAAAUAUCCACAAAUCCAUCCAGGACAGUGACACCCCAGCCCAGGCCAGCCCCCCUGAGGAGAAGGUCCACCUAGCCCCAGAGUUGGGUGAGGUUGACAGCUGGGUAGACAUGUCUUCCGCUGCUGCUGCUGCUGUUACUGAAACCCUGGACAAGGCAGGCGUGCUCCAUCGUACUAAGACAGCAGACAAGGGAAAGCGGCUCCGAAAGAAGCACUGGAGUGCCUCCUGGACAGUGCUGGAGGGUGGUGUCUUGACAUUCUUCAAGGACUCGAAGACCUCAGCUCCAAACAGCCUGAAGCAACCUUCCAAACUCUCCACCCCUGAGUACACAGUAGACCUGAAAGGGGCCUCUCUUACCUGGGCAUCCAAAGACAAAUCCAGCAAGAAGAAUGUGCUAGAGCUGCGGAGCCGCGAUGGCUCGGAGUACCUGAUCCAGCAUGACUCAGAGACCAUCAUCAGCACCUGGCACAAGGCCAUUGCCCAGGGCAUCCAGGAGCUGUCCGUAGAUUUGCCCCCAGAGGAGGAAAGUGAGAGCUGCAGCGCGGACUUCGGAUCCAGUGAGCGCCUGGGAAGCUGGCGGGACAAAGAGGACGACUUGCGGCCCGGCGCAGCCGCGCCCACCCUGGGCCCCGGGGGCCAGGAGAGGGACUUGAGCAAGGUCCGGCAGAAGCUCCGCAAGUUCCUGCAGAGGCGGCCCACGCUGCAGUCGCUUCGGGACCAGGGCUACAUCAAAGACCAGGUGUUCGGCUGCGCGCUGGCCGCGCUGUGCGAGCGCGAGAGGAGCCAGGUGCCGCGCUUCGUUCAGCAGUGCAUCCGUACCGUCGAGGCCCGAGGGCUGGACAUCGACGGGCUGUACCGCGUCAGUGGAAACCUGGCCACCAUCCAGAAGCUGCGCUAUAAGGUGGACCACGAUGAGCGUCUGGACCUGGACGACGGGCGCUGGGAGGACGUCCACGUUAUCACUGGCGCCCUGAAGCUCUUCUUCCGAGAGCUGCCGGAGCCCCUCUUCCCCUUUUCGCAUUUCUGCCAGUUUAUCGCAGCCAUCAAGCUGCAGGACCAGGCUCAGCGCAGCCGCUGUGUGCGGGACCUGGUGCGCUCACUGCCCGCCCCCAACCACGACACGCUGCGGGUUCUCUUCCAGCACCUGUGCCGGGUGAUCGAGCACAGGGAGCAGAACCGUAUGUCAGUCCAGAGCGUGGCUAUAGUGUUCGGACCCACGCUGCUGCGGCCUGAGAAGGAGAUCAGCAUGCCCAUGACCAUGGUGUUCCAGAACCAGGUGGUGGAGCUCAUCCUGCAACAGUGCUCCUACAUCUUCCAGCCGCACUGACCACGGCCCCCUCCCUCUGUCGCCCCACUGCUGGAGCGGAGACUGUGUUCCUGUCAUAGAAGCCGGGCUGCAGGAGGCCAGGAGGCCGGACUCUGAGACCCUCCGGCUCCCACGCAGGCCGAUGUGAAUUCUGUGCCCCUCAGUUCUGAGGAUAUGGUGACCCCUGGUGGGCAGUUCGUAAAAUGUGAUUUUUCUCUCCA